AUGGAUGAUUGGCCGACUCUAGAACAGGCGAUACACACGUCGGAAAAAAAAAAAUCGGGAGUCAUCACAAAUGGGGAAACGAAACAAAAUGGAAAUUGUAAGGAAAAAUCAGGGAAUCACGAUGACAGCGACGAAAAAAAACAUUUGGACGGUCACGAGAGUUGUGAUAAUGAAAAAUAUGAUAAGUCUCGUGAUAAAGAUUUUAAAGACAAAGAAAAUUAUAAAAAAUCUUAUCGGUUUUUUCGAGGAAGAGGAGGACGGCAACGCAACAAUAAAAAUUCAUUUAAAAAAUCUCCGUUGGAUUAUCCAGAUUAUCCAGUAGAAUAUACACCCUUAAAAUUAAAUGGAAAUUUAGUCAGAACGCCAUAUGUGAUACCCUAUGUGCAGGUUGAACCCAUACCUGUAUACGUAGAUUCUUCUUUUCAGUGGCCCAUACCCGAUAAAGUGACACAAAUUCCCGGAAACGAGUCUUCCAAUCCGAUCAUUAUGAUACCUCCGCCUCCGUUAAUUCACACAUUUUCUCCUUUGCCAUCCUUUCUCCCCGAUUCUCCCUUUUUUCAACCCUCUAAUAUCAAUAAAAGUCAGUACGAAAAUUUAAAUCCAAACGUUCCUGAGUUCGUGCCUGUAAAUCACGUGAAUGCAACAAAUGGUGAUCUCUCAGAUGGUGAAGAAAUAUUAGAAAAUGGAGAAGUCAAACCUCCUCGGGAAAAAAAUCACGAAGAUGUUAAAAAAAAAUUUACCCGAAGUGAAAAUGAAAAAGAGGAAUUGGAUUUUCAAUUCGACGAAGAUUUGCAACUUCCUCAGGGACGUCAUAACACAUUCACGGAUUGGUCCGAUGAUGACGAAGACUACGAAUUGUCAGAUGAUCAGAUAGACAAAUUGCUGAUUGUAACACAAAAUUAUCAAUCGAAUAGACCUCCUAAACACGAAGGUCACGAUAGAACAGCCAAAUGGACGUCCAGAGUUAAAAUGAGUCAAGAAUUGGAACAACCUCAAAAUUCUCGAAAAAGUUAUAACGAAAUCCUUCCACCUCCCCCUCCACCUCCUUCGCUCAGUAUUGGCUUUGAUACAUCACCUAUGGAUAAUG